AUGACAAUGAUAUAUAAAACUCAUUUCUACACACUGUUCAAAACACGAAACCUAUUGGUAACCCCCAAAAGAUAUUCAGCUCUUUUCAUCAAUGGUGCCAAGGCAACAGAAAAUUAUGUUUAUGUCACUCCUUAUUUAGACUUUCCAGAAAAAUUUCAGAACAUAAAUAAUAUAAAAAAUGAUUUGAAAAAAAGGAAAUACAAUUAUAAUUUUGAAAAAUUAGAAGAACUUUGGCACGUUUAUGAGGAACUGAAACAAAAAAGAAAUCAAUAUGAACAACAAAAAGAUCAACUAGCUAAGGAAUUAGGGAAGAUAAUAAAAAAUGAGUCUGAAAAAGAAGCAAUUAAUAAGUUAAAAUUGCAAAUCACAUUGAUUAAGGAUGAUAUUAGGAAGAUAAAAGCAUCUCUAUGGUCAGCUGAAGAGGCAGCUGUUGUUGAAGCACUGAAGUUACCAAACAAUUUGCAUGAUAAAACCCCUGAAAGUGACAGUCAAAUAGUGUACACACAUUUAAAACCUCCAAAAAAUGACAAGAAUCACAUAAAAAUUGGUCAAGAUCUCAAUUUAAUAACUAUUAAAAACAAUGAAAACUACUAUCUAAAAGGAGAUGCAGCAAUAUUUGAACUAGGAGCUAAGUUUUUAUUCAGUGACAUUUUAAAGAAAAAUAAUUUCAUACAAUUCUCAAAUCCUGAUUUUGUGAAAAGUGUCAUUGUUGAGGGCUGUGGCAUCAACCACACUAAUCCUGAUACAGUAUUUAUACUGCAUCAUAAUGAAGAUACUCAAAUUAAUUCAGACAGUAGACUUCAUUUAACAGGUGGUGGUUCAUUGUGUUCUUAUAUGGCAUAUCAUGCUAAAAAUGUUUUGUAUCCAAAAGUAUUGCCUCUUAAGUAUUUCAAUAUGGGUAGACAAUAUGUUCCAGUUGCAUCUGAUUUUAAUAGUCUUUUAACAGUUAGUCAAGCUGCAGUUGUAGAAUUUUUUGCAGUCACAAAAGCUGCUACAGAUAUAGAUGAAAUGUUGGAUAAUUUGAUAGAAAUUUUGAAGCAAUAUUACAGUAGGUUUGAUUAUCAUUUUCGGAUAAGUAUGACAGCUGCUCAUCAGCUUAACAUGUGGGAAUCUUUGAGGUUGUCUGUGGAAAUGUAUUCCAGCUCCCAACAAAAAUAUGCUACCAUAGCAAAUGUAUCCUUAAGUGGUGACUUCAUUAGUAAGAGGCUGAUGUUUACAUAUGUGGAUAAUAAAGUUACAAAAUUUCCACAUAUUCUGUCAGGUACAUUGUUGAAUGUACCAAAAUUUUUGGCUUGUGUUUUAGAGCAAGAUAAUGACUUUUGUGUUCCAGAUAUAUUGAAACCUGAAAAUUGGAGUUUGUAAAAUAUAACUUAAACAAAAUGUAAUAAAAUGAAUACACAGAUUUUUUUUGAACCAUUGUUAUAUAUUUAUAACUAAAACUUGAACAACAAAAUAAAAACAAUUAUCACAGGUCAAA